GCGAAGAAGCGAAUGGAGGGUUUGGUUCCUUUGGCGAGUGAGCCUUCCGGCGCCAUGGAGCCGGAGCUGGAGGAGUUUCAGGUGGAGCAGCUGCGGCCCUUCUGCUCGGAUCUGCUGCGGCAGCGCCGGCAGCUGCUGGGCCAAGUGGCCAGCCGCGAGCAGAGCUGCACGCAGCUCCUCAGUGAGAACUUGGAACUGCGGUGCCUUCAGGCGCGGAUGCUGGAAGCGCUGGGCCGGUGCGGCUUGGACCUGGAGCAGUUCCUGGCAGAGGACGCCCGCAAGCUGCGCAUGGCGCAGGCAGACAAGCAGCUGGAAGAUGAGCUCAAAGAGAUGCACGCCGUGGUGAGCGACCAGCAAAAGCGGAUCGACAUGCUCCUCAAAGAGAACGAGCGCUUGCGCCAGGGGCCGGGGCCGCCGCCGGAGGCGGAGGCCGAGGCGCCGCAGGCGCCCGCGCCUCUGCCUCCGCCGCCUGAUGAGCCGUCGGAGCCUGCGGUGCCGCCGGGGGGUUUGUCCGCAGAACCGCGGCAGCGGCCGUGGCCGCUGCGCACGGUGCGGAAGGCCGUGGCGCCCCUGCGCCCGGCCGAGCCCGAAGAAGGAUCCACGGCAUCGAGGGCAGUGGUGGUGCGGCUCAUGCCGGGCGCGGUGGAGGUGGCCAGCGGCCGGCGAGUGGAGAAGAUCCAGGUGACGCUGUCGGCGAAGGACCCCGCACGGGCGGUGAGGGGCCUGGUGCUGGAGGCGGGCUUGAGAUGGCCCGACGAGGGCGGCGCUGGCGGCCUGGCGGCCGGGCAGCUGCUACUCCAUGGCCAGGCCCUGGACCUCGACGCCCCGCUGCCCACGCUGCCGGAGGGCGCCGAGCUGCGGCUGGUGCGCCAACCCAACGGGCGGUUGAGGUGUCAGGGCUUCCAUGCGGCGAGCGGGCCGCGGGGCUUGCUGAUGAGCGGGGACCGAUGGGAGCCAAGGAGCAGCAGGAAAGCCGCGGUGGAUUUCUUCGAUGCGGUGGGGGACAAAGACAUCGACCACAUGUCCAAGAUUCUCCUGGCGAAGCGUGGGCAGAUGAAGCCCGGCUACAAGACGUGAGCGGGUCCGCCGGGAUUGGCUCGGGUGCCCCGUUUGGGGGAACAUUUUUUUUUUGA